CAGAAGUUACAAGGGUGACAUUUGGUGAAGAUACGACGGCAUGCGUUGUCACAGUUACAUUGGUAGCUUCUCUUCUUAAUUUAGUUUUGCUAGUGUCAUAUUUAUACCUUGCUGUGGAGAAUAUAGAUGACAAUGACGACGUGGGGAUGUCGGCUCUUUCUCCAGCGGGGAGCUCAGCUUAUUUCCCCCCAGGCAGCAGCUAAAAGCCCUGUUCCUUUGUUGGGUUGUAUCAGGACUGUAAAGACCACCACAUGGUUUGAGGAAAACCUUACAGAGGACAACCAGAAGUACAUGAGAAACCUUGUAGGAGAGGAAUACAGAAAUCAGACAGCCGAGAAGCUCAACCCUCUCAAGGAUGAGCCCUGGCCGCGGCAAGAGUGGACAGAGGGAAGUCGCAGAGUUGGAUUAGUUGCUAUCAAGUUGGGGAUGGCUCCUAUCUGGACUAAAACAGGAGAGAGACACCCAGUCACGAUGUUGCAGGUGCAAGAUUGCCAUGUAUUAAAGUUUCUCCCUAAAGAGGAGUUCGAUGGACACUCUGCAGCUCUGGUUGUAGGAGGGAAGAAUGUGUCACCGUUCCAUAAGUCAGACGAAGAAAUGGAGAUGUUCAGGAACGCCGGAGUUCCUCCGAAACAGAAAGUCACCAUCUUUAGAGUGUCAGACAAUGCAGUCAUAAAACCCGGCACUCCUCUAUAUGCAGCACAUUUCCGGCCCGGUCAAUAUGUCGACGUCACAGCCAAAUCCAUUGGUAAGGGUUUCCAAGGUGUGAUGAAACGUUGGGGAUUCAAAGGUCAGCCAGCGAGCCACGGUCAAACCAAAACUCAUCGCAGACCAGGAGCUUCUGGACCAGGAGGGGAUCCAGCCAAAGUUUUCAAAGGAAAGAAGAUGCCUGGAAGAAUGGGCAACACAUACAUCACAGCUCACGGCCUGAAGAUAUGGAGGGUGAAUACCAAAUAUAAUGUGCUGUACGUUCACGGCACUGUCCCCGGUCAUCGGAACUGUGUCCUGAAGGUGAGCGACAGCAUACUUCCAACCAGACGAUCCUCUCUGCUUAGUCCUCCUUUUCCCACCUACUUCACCGAAGAGGAAGCCGAUCUGGAUGAAGAUCUGUAUGAUGACGACUUGUUCGUUCACACAGACCCGUCCUUAACAUUAACCUGACCUUAGACUCACUCACACAUAACCUUUCCCAAAACCUGCCAUAACUGUGUAUGCUUUAAUAAAGAAUUGUUCCUGAAACUAACUCCUGUUU